AAGCCCAGCCCAAUUAAGUGGCAUCGUAGUGGAGCAGAUUCAUAUGAAAAUUUGAGUAGCGACGGCAAAAACAAAAGAAGCGAUGUUGAGAACUCGAUUGCUAUGGUUCACGGUUGGGUUUUCAGUAGCAGGUGGUGCAAUUGCCCGCUUCAUCUGGAAAGAUCUUUUUUCUCAAAGAUGUGGCCUCUCUGCAGAUACUAAGCAGAAAUUUGAUAACCUCGAAGCCAGAUUGUCGAAUCUUGAGUCAAAUUUCAGUCAGGUUGAAGGAAGAGGUCAUGCGGAGCUCAAGUGAUCAAUAUUGCAGUUUUGCUUCUUUGGGUACUUGAUGUAAUAAGUUUUUGGAUAAUUAUUGCACCAAUAUAUCUUGUGGGAGUUACAGCGUACUAAAAAUUUAACUUAAAAUUGCUUGACAUCUUAUUGUGCGACUCUUUCGAAGUGAAGAGAAAUUAUUAAUUUUCUUUCUAUUUGUAA